AUGCGCUCAAAGAAGAGUUCUAGUGUCAAUUAUGAGAAAGGGGCAUCCAAGAAGCCUAGGAAAGAGAAGUCAACUGAGAAAGGAGAAGAAUCAUCCGAGAAAAAGGAAAAUUGGUGUACUAAGUAUCCUGGUUCAGCGCCGGAAUUAGCUAAGCCUUCAUCGACCCAUUGGAACCUCAAGAUAGUCACUUGGAACGUAAACGGGAUACGUGCUGUCAUCAAAAAUGGUGGCUUUGGGUAUCUUACAAAAGAGAAUGCAGACAUAUGCUGCAUACAAGAAACAAAAUGUCCAUUGGACAAAAUACCUGCCGAAGCCAAAUUACCCCACUACCAAUCAUUCUGGUCAUCUGCAGAAAAAGCUGGUUAUGCUGGCACUGCCUUAUUCAGCAAGACCCCUCCACUUAAGGUCUCUUUUGGGAUAGGGAAAAAGAUGCAUGACGAAGAAGGACGCGUUAUUACUGCAGAGUAUGAAAAGUUCUACCUGAUCACUGCAUAUGUGCCAAACUCAGGACAAGGCUUGGUUCGCCUCUCCUACCGAGAAAAGGAAUGGGAUCCAGAUUUUCUUGAAUACUUACGUAAACUAGACUCUGUGAAACCAAUUAUUGUGUGUGGUGACCUCAAUGUGGCUCAUGAAGAAAUAGAUCUGGCUCGCCCGGAUUCAAAUCACAAGACGGCAGGGUUUACGGAUCAAGAAAGACAAGGUUUCACGAAGCUAUUGUCAUCUGCCAAUUUAAUCGACACAUAUCGUCAUUUUUAUCCAGACCGUCGAGAAGCUUAUUCCUUUUGGAGCUAUCGAGCUGGUGCACGGCCAGUCAAUAAUGGAUGGCGUUUAGACUACUUUUUAGUAUCUCAAAGGAUUUUAUCAAAUGUAAACGAUCAAGAGUUGCGUUGUGCUGUUACUGGCAGUGAUCAUUGUCCUGUUGUUCUAUACCUUCAAAUCUAA